CUUUGUGAGCAACUCGUUCAGUCUCGGUGUUACUGCGCUACGGUGCGGCUACACCCGGAGACCAGAUUUCACACCUGCAUCCGCAGGUAGCACGCAUACGUCACACCUGAGAACAGGUAUUGCACAACUUGGAACUCAAUAACGCGCAGGAAAGUGUUGUGUGGAGCUGACUAGAAACAAAAUAUUGGACGACAUUCGCGAGCGUCGGGAUUGAAGUAACCUACAUGUGACGCUUGGCCGGGUGGGCUGCUCACCCGCCUUGCUUGGUAUCACGGGGACGUGCUGGAGAGAUUAAGCCGUAGCUUGCGGGUUACGGUCACAUGACCUGAAAGUCCUGUCGACUGUUACAAGGCCACCACUAGGGUCUAAUCUCGCCGUUAAUUCUACGAUUUGUGUUGAGAAGUCCGCGACAAGAAAGCUAGUGCAGGACGCCUUGUCGCUACCAAAAUGGCCGUCACUGUCAUCAUUGCUCUGUGUGCAGUGUUUGCUCUGUCGAUGAGGUUUUCAAUAGGGCAAGAUUGUCUGUCAGGUGAUGUAUGCUACAACGCUACGCAUAAUUACACUGUAGAUAACGUGACGUACUGCUGCAGUGACGACACCAGGUGGCCCAGCCGGUUUCUUAACAGCUCGUGCGAUUGUGUAUCUCCUGCUACGAGAGCGAAGAACUGGGCCGACUACACCAUGGGUGAAGGUCGCAUGUGUUUAACUGGAGAAAGCCAGUGCCCCAAAGGUCAUUCUCGUACUACCCUUUCACAGAAGAGCUGGAAUGUUACGUUUUGCUGCAGCAACUCCUGGAAGAGUUCUGAGUCCGUUUUCAGCUUCCCUGACAAUAUCAUUUGCCGAUGCAACAACAACUCAGCACCGGUUCUGCCUCCAGGUGCCUACGUCGUCCCCUUGUCUGGAGAUUACAACUCUUCAGGUGAGCCGUGCCUGUACGACGCGCUGUGUGACGAUGUACCCAGCCUCAAGUGUCAGGGCGACAACGUAGUCUACUGCUGCUACAGCAGCCGCGGCAUCUACACCAAAAAUCUCAACGCCAGCACCACGGGCUGCACGUGCAGCAACGAGUUCUGGGGCGAGAAGUGCAACGCCACCCUGAAGCCCGUUGCAUCCACGGAACAACGGUGUUUGACGAAUGCCGCCUGCCCAGCCGGAGCCAACACCACGGUUGUUGCUGGUGGAACCAACAAUGUUGAUGUGACCUACUGCUGCCCCAACCUCCUAGUCACCCCCUACGUGCAGGUCGUCCAAGGAACAAUCCCUCAUGUCGUCUGUAGUUGCAGUCUGCACGGACAGGAGGGCUCUGCUGUGGACAGAACUCGCCUCUGGGCCAAGAGCACCAAUGGCUUUGGUCGUUGGUGUGAGAGCGGGUCAGUGUGUCAAGGGUUCUCGCCGAGCCUGACCUUCUACAAGAACGACGACUCCAACACGAGGCAGGUGUUGUCGCUGUGCUGUCGACAUCCUAACAGCACCUACUACUUCGCCGCCUACAAAGAAGACUACGAGUCCAUCGGCUGCAGGUGCGCCAACACCUCGGUUCCUGGUCCACAGCCUGGAGCCUACGUCGUUCCUGAUGUGGGAUACUACAACUCCACAGGCGAGGUCUGCUCCUACAAUGCCAUGUGUCUGGACUCCCCGAGUGUCAAAUGUGAAUCCUAUGUACUUACACUGUGUUGCUAUGGCAGCCGAGGCCUACAUACGGGCACCUUGAACAACAAGACCACGCUGUGCACGUGCACCAACGACAUCGCAGGCCCGCGGUGCGAAGGGUCAAUGUACUCGAUAUCCGGGUCAUCUCAGGUCACUACCACUGCGUGUCUUUGGGUGCUGAUCGGCUUACUGGCCAGUCGUUAUGGAUACAAUACUGGCUAAUCCGAUAACAGAGCACACUGCACACUAAUGAUUAAUCAGGGCUUCUGCUAAGGCUAAAUUCUUUAGGGUCCCACAGACCCCUUCUUCAGAUUUUUAAGGGGUCCCUGUUCUUCGCCCAACUUUGGAGGGGACCCCAUCGACGAAAAUUGAAGGGGUCCUCCGAACUUUUAAAGCGUACUGUACGCAUUUUUUUGCGUAAGCAGAAGCCCUGAUUAAUUAAUCAAGAAUGAUUGUGCAAUCCAUAAACAGAUAGCACAGUAUCUCAUGCAGCUAAGGGCCUUACGGUCUGUAAGCACAGUUAUUGACGUGUCACAUGACACAACAUGUAAAAUGUUAUCUCUGGACAUCUAUAAAUGUAUCAAAGUCUGUGCACAAGUUAUUAUAGCUUUGAAAGUGGAGAAUAGAUAUGAACUGGUAUUCAUUAAGUACGUUUGCCCAGCUUGUAAUUUUUUUUCUGUAUUUGUAUAAAUAUCAAGCUACGGAUGUCUGCUAAAUCGACAGUGUACCCUAGAUCUCAUGUGGACCUUAUCUACCUGUGAUGGUUCACAAUCUGUAAAAUUUACCCAAUGCCCCAUCUUUUGCUGUUCGACCGACAGUGUAGCUAACGUGCAAACACUUGCGUGUGUUUACACCAACGUUUGCUCAUGAUCAAAAUACGACCGUUACAAGCUUCCCGGUGACUGAUGAUGACAUUCUAAGGCAAGAGUGCUAAACAUAUAUAUAUAUACACUUCACGUGCUGUAUAUCUGUUGAGUUCAACGUAAAAUUUUUAAAGCCUCUUCAAGAUUAUAACUGAAUCAAUGAGGAUCCUUUAUUUUAGUUUUAUAUCUAUAAAAAGAUCUGUGAAAUAUUUGGGUUCAGGUAUCCAUGACUUGAUUAAA